AUGAAACCGGAAUUCUACCUCCUUUUUCUUGUGCUGGGCUCCAGCCAGGCAACAACGCUUCACUUUCCUUCCCAACGAGAAGAUGACCUGGCGACUACCGAAGAACUUGAGAUUGUUCCAGGGGCAACAUGGACUGACAUCAACACUGGGAAGCAUAUUCAAGCUCACGGUGCAGGUAUUAACAAGGUUGGAAGAACAUACUAUAUGCUCGGCGAGGACAAGGACUCCACAGCGUAUUUUCAGAGUGUGUCAUGCUAUUCAUCCCAAAACCUUGUCGAGUGGAGGUACGAGGGUGCAGCUCUCUCUCGAAACGACUCGAUUCCGGACCUGAAGACAAAACGUAUCGUGGAACGCCCUAAGGUCCUUUACAACAGAAAGACUAGGAAGUAUGUCAUGUACGCCCACAUCGACAAUGGCGAGGCUACAGAUGAUCUAGCAGUACGGAAGGAUGCUAGGGUGGGCGUUGCUACAGCUGACCAAAUUUGUGGCCCCUACGAGUACAAGGGGGGAUUUCGUCCUCUUGGUCAACAGAGCCGUGAUAUUGGGAUGUAUCAAGAUGACGAUGGAUCCGGAUACCUGCUUACUGAAGACCGACCGAACGGAUUGCGUAUUGUGAAGCUUUCAUCUGAUUAUCUGAACGUCACUGAGAACAUUCACCUUUGGGAAGGCGACAAUGUGGAGUCUCCUGCUCUCAUCCAUCAUAAUGGGUACUACUUUAUGUUCGGGAGUACUCUGUCCGGUUGGAAGGCAAAUGACAACCUUUACAGUUACUCCAAGUCUCUAAGUGGGCCAUGGUCGGCGUGGGAGCCGUUUGCCCCUGUGGGAUCAGGGACCUUUUCGAGCCAAACCACUUUCGUCCUUCCUCUGGGAAAGGAUCAGUUCAUUUACAUGGGCGACCGGUGGCAGAGCAACAAUUUGCUGCGCAGUACAUACAUCUGGCUACCCCUCGAGAUCAAAGAGACCAAUGUCUCCCUGAAGUGGAGAGAUAGUUGGAUACUUGAUGCCAAAACAGAAAGUUGGAGAGAAGCCCCAGAGUACAGAGAAUAUGAGGCCGAAACGGCUCAGCUUGACGACGGUGCCUUAGACAGAAGCUGCAUUGGAUGUAGUAACGGGAAGUCGGUGACUAACCUGGGAAGCGUUGAGUUUUCGGGGUUGGACGCACGAUCAGCCAAGAAAGUGACGAUUGUGUAG